AUGAUUAGUGUUUCUCCACCGUCCGAGUUCGCCAGUUUGGCCCCUUCGCGGUUGACCUCCAGAAGACGAUCACAGUCACUCUAUGAGGAAAAGGAGACUCAUCAAGAUUCUCGAGACGAUGCUGCUGCUUCUGCCAACAGACCAGUGAGAAGAUCCCGAUCGCGCUCCUUCUACAGCUUUGAGAGCUGCGAAGAAUAUAAAGACCGGAGCUUCACCGUUCCAGAUGCCGUCAAACUGACAGCCAAAGCCUUAUUGCAAAGCACAAUGGAACAGCAACGAGACAAGCAUGGCAACAGUGGUGCCUCCAGACCUCCGUCCAAAAGGUCAAAGGCAACCAUGAAUAAAGAUUUGCAUGGGAGUAGAGGCAGUCUGAAAGGUGUGCAAAUGAUGACCAUCACAGAGCCAGACAACUGGGAGAUCAGCUCUUGCUCAGGUAUGAAGUACGGACAGUACGUUGAGUGGGAGAAGAUCGAUCCCGAAUCGGCCGUGCGCUACAGGAAGAUCUUGGACAGCAACCACGAGGAGCUGAAGUCCAUGGGCCGCACAGCAUUCUGGGCCAUACCUCACACGCUGAGGGCCAAAGCCUAUGAUCACAUCAUCAACAACAUCGCCACCAACACCACCGCUCAGGACGCCGAGUCCUACCAACGCUUGACCGCGCAGCACUUUGAGGAGCAAAAGAUUAGCACGCACCCGUUCCCAGUGUUCAUGGAGGAUGGCGAGAUCCCCAUGUAUUGCCUCAACACGGCCGGCCUGAACUCGGUCAAGAAGAUCCUGGUCUGCAUCCACAAGCACCUCCCCGAGGUCACCUUCUGCCCCAUCCUCCCGGCGCUGGUCUCGCUGCUCCUCCACUUCAGCGAGGACGAGGCCCAGUGCUUCCACAGCAUCUGCAGCCUGGUGCGCUACACUGACCCAACCAAGCGCUACAUCGACCAGACCUUCCACACCUCCCGUGCCUCCUGCAUGACCUUCGGAGACCUGGCCAACAAGUACUGCCGCGGCAUCCGCAAGCUCAUCGCCAGCUCGCACCAGAACCUCUUCGAGUUCUACUCGGACUGGAUCAUGUGGAUCUUUGCCGACCUGCCCUUCACCUACGCCAUUCGGGUUCUGGAUGUGUACCUUCUAGAAGGUUACAAGGUUCUGUACCGGGUCGCCCUGGCGCUGCUCUGUUUGUACAAGGUGUCCGUUGCGUCUCGCGUGUCCUAUGUGGAGGACUUUAAGAGGGACAUGAAGAGCUUUGUGCAGAACGUCUCCAGGCACGUCACUGCCGAGGGUCUGCUGAUGAAGGCCUUCAAAAUUCAGCUCCCCCCGCGGAAGGAGCUCAACUAUCUCUUCAACGCCAACAAAGACGCCCUCAUUUGCAGGGGGAUCCACCAGAGGCAGUCUUAUCAAACCAUGGACUUGGCUAAGAUCAACUCGAGCGUGGUGACUCAAACGGAGAUGAGGGUGGUCUGGGCUUGGAUACCUGAGCGCUUUGCCCUCUUCAACCCAACUAAGCUGUAUUGCACUAAGGACCACGACAGAAGCCUCUCUUCGUUAUAUUCCAAGGUUGUGGGCUUCAAGCCAACUGUUUUACUUCUCAGAACUUCAGAUGAAGAGGUCUGUGGUGCUUACUUAUCAUGCGAGUGGAUGGGACAGAAGAGGGAUAGUGGAGAGGAACUCUCCUUUUAUGGAACUGGGGAAUGCUUUGUUUUCACACUCAGGCCUGCCAUGGAGCGCUACCAGCGUGCUAUUACCCAGAUAACUGGAGCUCCGAACAAGAACGAAGAGUCCCAGAAGCCACGACACCUUCACCCACCACUGUCUCCCAAAUCACCCAAGUGCCCUUUAUCACCCGUGUCACCUUUAUCACCCGAGUUCAGUGACAGCAGGGCAGAGUUCCUGUCUGUAAGCACCCCUCCACAGUCUCCGCAAAGCCCCAGGUCACCUGCAGGAAGCCCGAGACGGCGGCUAACCUCACUCUUCAUGGCCGGGGAUGAGAAUCAGUUCGUCAUCGGUGGCAACGGAGGGUCAGCGCUGUGUCUGCGGGCGGCGCUGACGGAGGGCUUCUCGGAGCGCUGUGACACCUUCGAGAGCCCCCCCCUCUGCUGGGCUCACAACUUCAGGAUCCAGUCGCUGGAGGUGUGGGGCAUCAAGCAGCCGUAG